CACUUUUCAGUCUUUGCAAAUGUCUCUGUAAUCCUAACACAGGUUGAGGAUGACUUGGAAGAAGAUUGUGGGACUUAGUAUUUGAGAAGUCUUGUCAUCUGUGUCAGAUGAAAUUGUGAUUUUUGUCUGUGUGGCAGCAGCAUCUGCCUGUUGUGAAUUUGUGAUUUUCAUGCAGGAAUAAAACUUUUUAGUUAUAUAGGUGUCAUCUUUUAGAACUCUUCAUGAGUUGUUUUUGCUGGUGUUAUCCAUAACACCUAAACUUAUUGUUGGAAGGGAUGAAGAGAAACUGAUUUUCUUUUCUGUUUCAGUUUUAUUUGAAGUAGUUUACUUGAGCUUUCUUAUUUGCAUGGGGAUUUUACACCAUGAGGAGAGGGGAAAGCGUAGGGUGGAAGUCAAUAAAUAAAUUCAAGCUCUAAGGAAGUGUCAUUCCUGAUGAUUUUUUUCAUUCUGUUUUCCAAUGACUUGGAUUUCUAGCUAGUGUUGAUUAUAAAAGUUAAAUAAUUUCACAAGCAUCCCAUAUGUAAUUUUUUAUAACUUUUUCUCUUUCUCAUUAAAGGGUAAGAUCAACUACGUAACUACAGUAAGAUAGCUCUGAAUGCUAGUUCUGUUGUUAAAUUAACUUUCAAUCCAUUAAUUGCCUUACUGGUCGUGGAUUCUUCAAGUUACCAGUAUGGCUCUGGCUGUGAUGCUGCGGGAUGGUGCUUCCUUCCACAGUGCAUGCUGCAGGCACAAAGUUUUGCUCUCCUCACUUGGACCUCUCCUCAGCAAUUCAAAAUUGUACAGCAGCUACAGGAGGCCCGGGGCAGAGCCUGAGAAAAAACUGUCUUGGCAAAAUGCUGAUUUCAGCUUUAAGAAGAGCAUUGAUCACCUGAAGACUCAGCUGAGCUUGCUGAAGAAGGAAACCCAAGAUUACUUAAAAGGACCUGGAGGCAAUCCAUUAAGUCAGCACUUGUUGGAACAAACAAGGGUGUUGUGGCAGUUUAGGAGCCAAGAAGAUUUAAAUAAAUGGGUUAUUUCCUCUGAUGAGGAGAUCGGAGGGAAAAGUAAAGUUUCCAUCAAAUUGGGUCGGAAUAACCAGGCUGCUCUGCUGCAUGGAACCCUCAAUACAGAAGUGCCUCGUGAUGGGGAGACAAAGUACAGUGGGUAUUGCAGUAUGAGAUCCAAACCAGAAGUGGGAUCUUUUAACAGGAAGAAGUAUUAUGACUGGUCAAACUUCAACAGUCUGUAUUUACGUGUCCGUGGUGAUGGCAGGCCUUGGAUGGUGAACAUUUAUACAGACCCCUACUUCUCUCAUCAAAAGGAUGACCUCUACAGCUACUUCAUGUUUACCAGAGGAGGCCCAUACUGGGAGGAGAUAACGAUUCCAUUCUCCAAAUUCUUUCUCUCCAGUCGGGGAAGAGUCCAGGAUAACCAGCAUCCUGUCUGGUUAGACAAGGUUAGAACCCUUGGAUUCACCAUUGGAGAUAAAGUAGAUGGUCCAUUCCAGCUGGAGAUCGAUUUUAUUGGUCUGUUGAACGACAGAGCUCAUAAAGAAAAGUUUGCCUAUGAAGCAUAUGACAAGAACACUCCAGUCUAAGCUGGGCUGGUGUACUUUCUUCAGAUAUUUGGUUUAUUUUUAUAAAAUACUUAUUAACAUGUGGCUUUUAACAACUUGAGGGGCCUAUUAAAGAGAUAAGUGCAUGAAGUGUGGCACCACUGGCAUCUUUAAACUCCCAACUACAGAGUCAUGAAGAGAUUGUACAUAGAUGGAUGGACUGCAAUGUAGCCUGAGAGCAGUUGAGAUGUUCUUACAAAGUAGUGACUCUUCUUGGCUUCUAUCCUGACCUUCACUAAAAUAAAAGUAUUUCACGAGU